CACCACCACCAGCAAGGGAGCAUCAGUGGUAGCAGCAGCGGCACCAGCAGCAACACACCAGCACCUCCUCCUGGUUCUCCUCCUGCUGGUGUGUACCGAUGCCGCAGUAGCGACUGCCUCUCUGCCCCGUAUAGAUUUUCAAUUAGUCCGCGCGGAACGUGGAAAAUAAUGUGCCGCUCCGACACCUGCUGACCAUCCCCGAAGGUCGCUCGUGUCCCGGGUCCCGGUCGACGUGUCUAUCGCGCGUCGUUCCCCGUUCGUCGUCGUUGUCGCUUACCAUCGUCGUGACCUGGUGUGGAUGGACAAUUGGAGAGGGUGAGGGAUCGAUUUCCGUCUUCCGUGUGCGUGUGCAGUGUUGAAAAAAGACAGAGAAUGGGCGAACAGUGACAAGAUCUUGGAACGAUCCACGGGUCCAUGGGAUCGUCAGAGAGGAUGCCGUUCCCGGUGAAUCGCAGGACCCCGUUGUCCAGUAUCAUCGCGAUCUCUGCGUUCAUGCUGCAUUCAGGUAUUGUGGCCCUUCGAAUGACAGCUCUGCAAAUACCGCAACACGUCGUUCUGAACGAGACGGUCCGUAUGCAGUGCAACUUCAAUUUGGAUAAAGAACUAUUGUACUCGGUGAAAUGGUAUAAAGAUGGCCACGAAUUUUAUCGUUAUGUGCCGAGGGAUGUGCCAAUGGUCCAAACCUUUCGCGUUCCUGGUGUUGAUGUGAACACGCAUAAUUCCACGGAAAGAUCGGUGGUUUUGAACAAUGUGAAUCUUACUAGCUCAGGGAGGUAUCGAUGCGAGGUGUCUGCCGAGGCUCCAGCCUUUCAAACCGUGUCUGACCAUGCAGACAUGACGGUAGUAGUUCUUCCUGACGAAGGGCCACGAAUAACCGGUGGCCGUUCGCGCUAUCAAGUCGGCGAGAUCGUUCGAAUGAACUGUACAUCCGCGCCCUCAAAACCGGCCGCUUUAUUAACUUGGUUCAUCAAUGGUGAUCAAGCCGAUAAUCAGUACCUGAAGGGACCACACAUUACCGCUGUGGACGAGAAGGGGUUGGAAACCGCGGUAUUGGGCUUGGAAUUUCGCGUCGCCAACAAACACUUCAAGCGUGGCGACAUGAAGCUGAAGUGCUUGGCGACAAUAGCAACCGUCUAUCUGCAGAGCAAUGAGGAGAGUGUGGAAGGAGAUGAGAGGAUCCUGAAAGCCCCCGUGAUGGAGAGCCGCGAGACCAGGGCACAGAGCCACACUCGCAACGAUUUAAUCAAUGGAAGUCAAACAACCACGAUAUUCAACCGGAUGAUCAUUUUUCUGAUCACAGGCAUCAUUCUAGCGCGAUAAUAACAAUUGUUUUUCACGUUGCUUCCUAAGAUUAAAACAAAUACGUUAGGAGAUUGUUCCCAUCGUAUUUAAAAAAUAUUAAUUUUUAAGCCGCAUAAUCAUAAUUAAAUAUCAUAUCGAUAAACAUGAUAAGAGAUUAAACGUUCGGUUGAACGUAAUUGACGUACAAACAAUGGUAGAUCUAUCAAUCUUUAUGUCUCUUAUGUCUCUUUCAAAAUCUUUAAUGUCUCUUUCAUUUCAAUAUAAAUAAAAUUUAAUUCAUUUAUUGUCAUUAAAAGAAGAUAUUAAUUUUGACAUUAAUUUUUAAGAAAUUGCAAAUUUUUUUAAAAUAUUAAUAUUUUUUUAUAUAAAUUUAAAAAAAAAAAAAAUUGAUAAAGAAGGAGAAUUGAUUUUAUUUUUUAAAUAAAAAUACAUUUGUGGAUCUGCCAAUGUUAACAAAUAAAAAUAUGUUUUAGGCUCUAAAUGUAUUCUUAUGUGAGGAAAAAAUCACAUUUAAAACAUAUCCAUGGAAUUAUCGAAGAAAGAGAGAGAAAGUAUAAAAUUAUAAAAAAGAGGAGAACAAGACAGAAAACAAAUGACUUAAAAAAAAUCAAAGGAAGCAUAAAUCCGUCUCUCCAUAUGCAUAUACACACAUAUAUAUGUAUAUAUGUAUAUGUGUGUGUGUAUGUGUGUGUGUGUAUAUGUUAGGUCGUCCAGAGAUCUUUUUAGCAGAUGAAUAAGAAAGUUCUUAUUGCUUUCCCAUACAUUGAUACAUAUUAUUUUUACUACAAUUUUAUAAUGGUAUUUCUAUUUUUACUGCAUAUCAUUUUUUAUAUAUAUAUUUAAAAAAAAAGAAGACAAAAGAGGGAUUCUUUAUGGAAAAUACAUUUUUUUCCAUCUCCUUGCUAUUGUAUCAAUAAAUACAAUAGAAAACAAUCACAAACAAUUUCUGCACAAACCAAUGCUGGGUAAUUAUUAUUUUGAUUAAAUUGAUAUUAUUUCAUUUUAAUAUAAAAAUUGUAUAUUUUAAUCAUCUAAUAAAUUCUUUUUGAAAAUAUUUGAAAUGAUGAAAAUGUAAUUUAAAGAUAAUUUUAUAUCAUUAAAAAUGAUAAAUGAUUUAUUUUUUUAUUGUAAAAAUUCAUUUCAAUUACUUUAAAAGAUAAAAAUUAUUAACUUCAUAAAAUUUAAAUAAUUUAUAAAAAAAAAAAUACCCAGUACUGAUACAAAUAAUAUAUCUCAUAUGAUAUAAUCUCAGCUACAAUAGAUAUUUCAGGAAUAUAUAUUUUUAUCUAGAUUUCUGCAUUCAAUGAUCGUACUAAUGUAUCAUGUUUCAAAUUUUCCCGCGCGAAUCGUUUAAAUAUGAGGAAUUGAAGUCUGUGUAAAAAUAUGCGCCAUUAUAAAAAAGCGUCGCAAUAAAAUAUCUUUUUAAGCAGAGAAAAAAUUAUAGUUAAAAGUAUAUUGUAUCGAUGUUUUAAUACAAAAUCAAAUAAUAAUUUAAUACAAAUUUUAAUUUAUAAAAUUAAUUCGAAGCCUAGAAAUUCAAUUAUUCAUCUUUGAAAGAUAAAUGUUACAAAUAUCACAAAUUUUUUUUCAAGAAAUUAGUUUUUCUUAUGAAAUUGCUAAACAAAAAAAUUUUAAAAAGAAAUAUCUAGCAUCUUUUUCAUAUCCUUACAAUGAUAUUUUAUAAGGUUAUCCUUAAAAAAAAAAUUAUAUUUAUAUUAGAAGAUCAUCAGUGAGAGUUGUCUUCCUGUACGAAGCAAUUUCACAAGAAAGAUUGUUAAUAAAAUAUUGCUAGUGAUAUUUAUUGUUAUUUAUUGCAAGAAUUUUAUUGAUGAAUCCUUUAUACAUAUAUAAUGUUAUUCCUAUAUUGAUAUUAUCACAAAUAUUUAUGCGCGCGAAAAUUCAAAAAUUUUAAUACAAAUCGAUGCGAAAUUUCGAAUUUGUACGAAAUUAAUUCUUUCUCUUUUUAUUUAAAUGAUAUUUCAUUUACUUCAAAUGUCAUUAAGCACAAAAGAAAAAGAAAAACAAAAACAGAAUCACAUAUGCGAGAAUCACAUCAUAUAAACGUGUAAGUAUCUAAGCUAAAAAUGUAUUUCUUAUGUAGUAAUGUAUCAAAAUCCUUUGUCAAAUAAGUGUUUAAUGAAGCUGUAAAUAUGUACAUAAUUUUCAUCGUUAUUAAAAUUCAAUAUUAUAAUA